AUGACUGUCCAAAACGUCGGUAUUAAAGCCAUCCAAUUCUACAUUCCAGGCCAAUACGUCAACCAAGACGAGCUUGAAACUUUCGAUGGCGUCUCAAGCGGGAAAUACACCAUUGGUUUGGGCCAAACAAAAAUGGCCUUUGUUAACGACAGAGAAGACAUAUAUUCCAUGUCAUUGACUGUGUUGAAGAAUUUAAUUGACAACUAUAAUAUUGACAUCAACAAUGUUGGUCGUUUGGAGGUUGGUACUGAAACCUUGUUGGACAAGUCCAAAUCCGUCAAGUCGGUUCUUAUGCAACUCUUUGGAGACAACACUGAUGUCGAAGGUGUCGAUAAUAUCAAUGCAUGUUAUGGUGGUACCUCUGCUGUCAUCAACUGUAUUGACUGGGUCCAGUCCGACGCAUGGGAUGGUAGAGAUGCCAUUGUUGUCUGCGGUGACAUUGCCAUCUACGAGAAGGGUGCUGCUAGACCUACCGGUGGUGCAGGUACAGUUGCAUUGUUGAUUGGCCCUAAUGCCCCAAUUGCCUUUGAACCAGUUAGAGGCUCCUAUAUGGAACACGCUUACGAUUUCUAUAAACCAAACUUCACAAGCGAAUAUCCCGUCGUUGAUGGCCAUUUCUCAUUGGCUUGUUACGUCAAGGCCGUUGAUUAUUGCUAUAAGGCUUAUUCGAAAAAGGCAAUUGCAAAGAAAUUGUCAAAUUCUUCCUUGGGGACCGUUGGCUUGGAUUUCUUUGAUUACAAUGCAUUCCAUGUUCCAACUUGCAAGUUGGUCACUAAAUCAUAUGCAAGAUUGUUAUAUAACGAUUUUAGGGAAGAUCCAAGUAAAUUCCCCGAUAUCGAUCCAACAAAAUUCUUGGCUCUGGAUUACGAAACUAGCUUGAUUGACAAAUCAAUCGAGAAAACUUUCAUGCCUUUGUCAAAGGAAAAAUUCAACAAAUCAGUGAAACCUUCUCUGGAAUUGCCAACUAACGUCGGUAAUAUGUAUACCGGUUCCGUCUGGGGAUCUCUAUGUUCCCUCCUUUCCGUUGUUGGUAGUGAAGACUUGCAAAACAAGAGAAUCGGGUUGUUUUCCUAUGGUUCCGGUUUGGCAGCAACCAUGCUCUCUGUGAAGGUCAUCUCCGAUAUCACCUCAAUCACUGACAAGCUAGAUGUCAAACAACGUUUGGAUUCGAGAAUCUCUAAAUCGCCAAAAGAAUACGAAGAUGCCAUUGCUUUAAGAGAAAAGGCCCACCAACAACACUCUUUUGAGCCUCAAGGUUCCAUCGAUUACAUCCCAAAGAACUCCUUCUACUUAACAAAGGUGGACGAUAAAUUCAGAAGAUUCUAUGAAAUUAAGAACUAG